CUGUCCUCUGAGUCUGAGGGGGGCCCUUACCGCCCCUCCCCAAAAGAUAUGUCUGCAACCGCAUAAACCACAGAAUUUAGAGCCUUUUAUCCUUCAGCUGACGAGGACCAAUUCAUAAAUUCACUCGCUUCGAUAUUACAGCCCCAGCAUCACCUUUACACAGCGACAGCCCAUCGACCACCAGCAGCGCAGCAACGCCCAUAGCAACGGCGCUGCGCAUCCUCAAUCUGUUUCUCCGACCCAGCAACACCAGCAGCCAACCUGCUUUCCGACGACCUUCUGAACGCUGGAUCCAUAUCACACCGUUGUGUUUUUCUUUUUAUCGCAAACCAUGAACGCGACGUGUGCGGUUAUUGUCUCAUCAGUCAAAGUCCCUGGUCAUUUCGAAAGCCCUUCCUCCAGCUGAAACAAUAAGGGAUCCUCCUCCCUUCAACUCACCUGUAAGUUCUGGCUUAUCAAGGACCUGGCAGCGGCACGGGAGCUCCGCCCACCACACCCUCUAAAUGAGGGACAAGGCCACCCAGACCCCUAGGGCCUGGGUAGAUGAGCGGAGGAGAGGCUCUCAUAAGCGAUCGGCUUCCUGCGGCAGCACUGACCAGCUGAAAGAGAUUGCAAAAUUGCGACAACAGCUCCAGCGGAGCAAACGCAGCAGCCGCCAUCGCCGGGACAAAGACCGCAAAUCCCCCUUUAAUGGCAACCAUGCCAUCAUCCAAUCACAGUCUCAGAUGCCUAAAACCAUCCUGAUUCCCAUCCCCAUCUCUAAGUCCACACCUCCCAGAUUUCGGAACAGCAUAGAGGGGCUCAACCAGGAGAUUGAACGCAUCAUCAUCCGGGACACUGUGGAGAGAGAUGAGAUCAUAGUACCACAGGACGUUCCUGAUGGGCACCGCGCGCCCCCGCCCCUCCCCCAGCGCAGCAGCAGCAUACGCAGUAUUGACACACAGACGCCCUCCAACGGCGGCCUCGGCAGUAACCGUAGCAACAGCAGCAGCCGUGCUGACUCUGUCUCACCGUCGUACCUCAGCAUCCUCAACGACACGGUCGGAAACAGCCCGCUCGAUGACACGCUCAACGAGAGCAAAGAAAGAGACCUAGGACCUUGGUCUCCUCUGCCCAAAUAUGCUUCAUCUCCAAAGCCCAACAACAGCUAUAUGUUCAAACGUGAGCCUCCGGAGGGCUGCGAGAGAGUUAAAGCUUUUGAAGAAAACCAGCCAAGGCCUCUCCAAGAGAUUCCUCCUUAUCUCUGCCCAGACAGAAACAAGGUGAACUUCAUUCCCAAAAGCGGCUCUGCUUUCUGCCUGGUGAGCAUCUUGAAGCCACUGCUGCCCACCCAGGAGCUGAACUUCCGUAGCGGGGUGGGAUACCGCAGCAUCUCCCCGUCGUUGGUGCCUCUGGGUGGGGUCGCGGUGAGGAGCCUGUCCCCCUCCAUGGGUCCCGUCUUGUCCCGUGGACGUCAGUCACCAUGCCUCCCACGACAUCUUGAGGAGCCAGAAGGUUAAAACGGAACAGAGGAAUCUCAGCUGAUGAACAGAGAUGCCAUUUUUCCCACACUCCUGUAUCGUCUGAUAGAGUCAGAGCUUUGUUAGGAAUUUAUUCAAGAACCGGUUCUCAACAACUCCGAGAGAUAUCAGUCUGAAACUUGAACAUGAGUUUUUUUUUUGUUGUUAUCUAAGGGUAAUGGUUACAUGUUAAACGAGGAUCAAAAGGAGGUUUUCAAGAUGGUCUAUGUAUAUAGAUGAAACAUUUUUAGUAUUGCACUGCUUUUUACUUUCUCAACUAUUUAUUGCAUUUUACCAUGAAGCCUUUGAAUUUUCUUAUGUAUAGCUGCAUCCUUUAACCUACACAAAAGUUUGGAAUAAUUAAGAUUUUUGAAAGAUGUCUCUUAAGC